GAGCGGGAAUGAGGCGAGGCAGAGGGCGAAGCCAUCAUCUUCCCCGCGCAGGAUGGUGCUGCGGGCCACGGUUGCUGGCGGUGCAGGUCUGGCUCCUGGCCGCCCUCCGCCCAGUGACCCCAACGUCUGCAGCUACUGGGAGAGCUUCACGGCGGCGGUGAAGGAGUCCUACACCAAACCCCACGUGUGCCCCCCACCCCAGCCCUGCCCGGGGUCCCCCCUGCCCUGCCUGCAGCAGAGGAUCGCGUACCGCACCGAGUACCGCCAGGCCAUCCGCACCGAGUACCGCCGGCGCUACCAGUGCUGCCUGGGCUACUACGAGAGCCGCGACGCCUGCGUCCCGCGCUGCACCCAGGAGUGCAUCCACGGCCGGUGCGUAGCCCCCGACCUCUGCCAGUGCGAGCCAGGCUGGCGCGGCUCCGACUGCUCCAGCGAGUGUGACCAGCAGUCGUGGGGGCCGGGCUGCGGGCAUCGCUGCGACUGCCAUCACGGGGCCCCCUGCGACCCCCUGACGGGGGUCUGCUCCUGCCCCCCUGGCUUCGCCGACCCUCUGUGCCACCAGCCGUGUCCCCCCGGCACCUACGGCCAGGGCUGCCGCCUGCCCUGCCCCUGCCACCACCAAGCCCCCUGUAACACCUCAACCGGCGCCUGCCUCUGCCCCCCGGGGCUGGCCGGCCCCCUCUGUGAGGUGCCCUGCCCCGAAGGGACACCCUGUGACACCCCCUGCCCCUGCCAGAACGGGGGCAUCUGCCACCCCCACGGCACCGGUGCCUGCGUCUGCCCCCAUGGAUGGAUGGGGGAGAUCUGCUCCGUGCCGUGCCCCCCUGGGCGCUUCGGCCCCGGCUGCCAGGGCGAGUGUCGCUGCCAUAACGGGGGCCACUGCGAUCCCCGGGGGGGGCACUGCCAGUGUGCCCCCGGCUUCACCGGGAGACAGUGCCGGGAGCGGUGCCCGGUGGGGCGGUACGGGCAGGACUGCCAGGAGAGCUGCGACUGUGCCAACGGGGGGCAUUGCUUCCACGUGGACGGGGGCUGCCUGUGCCAGCCCGGCUUCCAGGGCAGCCGCUGCCAGGAGCGCCGCUGCCUGCCCGGCCUCUACGGCCUCCACUGCCAGAACCGCUGCCUCUGCCACCCACAGCACAGCCAGAGCUGCCACCCCUUGCUGGGGGAGUGCAUCUGCCACCCCGGCUGGGCUGGGCUCUUCUGCAACGAGAGUUGCCCCCCCGGCUCCUUCGGGGCCGGCUGCCUGCAGGCCUGCCUCUGCCUGCAUGGGGGGGUCUGCGAUGGGACCACCGGCCGCUGCCGCUGCCCCCCCGGCUACACGGAUGAGCACUGCUCCUCCCUGUGCCCCCCCGACACCUUCGGGACAAACUGCUCAGGGCGCUGCUCCUGCCAGCACUCCCUUGCCUGCUCCCCCCUCGACGGCUCCUGCUUCUGCAAGGAAGGCUGGCACGGAUCCGACUGUUCCGUGCCGUGUCCCACCGGCACUUGGGGUGCCGGCUGCAACCGAAGCUGCGAGUGCGCCCAGGGGGCUACCUGUGACCCCCAGAGCGGCGCCUGCACUUGCCCCCCGGGCUGGCAGGGUCCCCGCUGCCUGCAGCCCUGCCUGAAUGGGACAUUCGGGGUGGGCUGCCGGCAGCGAUGCGACUGCGCCUACGCUGACGGCUGCGAUGCGGUGACCGGAGAGUGCCGCUGCCUGCCCGGCUGGACAGGGCCGCAGUGCAAGCAGCGCUGUCCCCACGGCUCCUGGGGUGACGGGUGCCGCAUGCCCUGCGCCUGCCGCAACGGGGCCGCCUGCUCGCCCCAGGAUGGAUCCUGCACCUGCCCCCCGGGGUACCGCGGGCCCACCUGCCAGCGCCCCUGCCCAGCUGGGCGCUACGGCAAACGCUGCGCCCUGAGCUGCUCCUGCGCCCACGGCUCCUGCCACCCUGCCAACGGCUCCUGCCUCUGCGCCCCCGGCUGGCACGGCCCCCGCUGCGACCAGCCCUGCCCCCCCGGGACCUUCGGGCUGCAGUGUGACCAGCUCUGCCGCUGCCCCCACAACGCCACCUGCCACCCCGCCAGUGGGACGUGCCCCUGCGCCCCCGGCAGGAUCGGGCCCCACUGCGAUGCUGGCACCCCCGAGCAGCCCUACACCAUCGUGCCCGCCCCGCCGGCAGCCUACAGCUCCCUGGGGCUGGUGCUCAGCCUGGUGGCCCUGGUGGCCUUGCUGGUGGCCGUGGUGGCCGUGGUGCUGUGCUACCAUCACCGGCGGAAGGGGAAGGCCAGCCGGCACCUGGCCGUGGCGUACACGGCGGGCCCGACCGACACCUCCGACUACGUGGUGCCAGACGUGCCACCGAGCCACCACGCGCACUACUACUCCAACCCCAGCUACCACACGCUGUCCCAGUGCACGCUGCCACCCCCCGGCUCCGGCGCCCAGGACAGAGCCAGCUCCCUCAAGGCGCCCAGCACCCCGCUCUUCCCCGGCGCUGAGAGACCCCAUGGCCCCGAAGGACACGUCACGCUGCCCCCCGGCUGGAAGCACCUGGGGGCACCGGCCCUGGGCCCCAGGGGGGGGCAGCUGGACCGGAGCUACAGCUACAGCUGCAGCCUGGGGAAGCAGGAGGGCAAAGCCCACCCCUCGGAGGGGCUGGGGGCCAGCGCCAGCUCCCUGGCCAGCGAGAACCCCUACGCCACCAUCAAGGAGCUGCCCCCCCCCACCGCCAGGACCCCCGAGGGCAGCUACAUGGAGAUGAAAUCCCCGGUGCGGAGGGAGAUGUCCUACGCCGAGAUCGGGGACCUGGAGGAGCCACCCCAGGAGGAGAGCUGCCCCGAGGGGGCCGAAGGCGUCACCCCCGCCGCCCCCCCCAGCCAUUACGACUCCCCCAAGAACAGCCACGUCCCCAGCCACUACGACGUGCCCCCCGCCCGCCACUACCCCCCGUCCCCGCCGCUGCGCAGGAAGGACCGCUGAGGGGGUGGGGGGGGGGCCAGGGGCUGGGGGGUCCCUGGGGCUGUCCCUGUCCCCGGGGGGGGGCGGGG